CUGGAGGAACGGAGAGAGGCAGAGCCUGGGCACCAUGGCUGGAUUCUCCUCUCUUGGGCUUCUCUUCCUCUGUCAGCUAUUAGCCACAACAUCAGCUCAGAGAGUAGGACCACAAGGCCCUCCUGGACCACGAGGACCCCCUGGACCAUCUGGGAAGGAUGGCAUAGAUGGAGAGCCAGGCCCUCCUGGUUUGCCAGGCCCAGCAGGGCCAAAAGGUGCACCAGGGAAGCCUGGAGCAGCUGGUGAAGCCGGAUUGCCUGGUCUUCCUGGGGUGGACGGUUUAACAGGAAACGAUGGCCCACCUGGCCCAAAUGGGCCUCCAGGAGACCGUGGUGCAUUGGGACCUGCUGGGCCACCUGGACCUGCUGGCAAAGGACUACCAGGACCUCCAGGGCCUCCAGGACCCAGCGGGCUCCCAGGUGGAAAUGGAUUUCGGGGUCCUCCUGGACCUUUUGGUCUGCCGGGAUUCCCAGGGCCUCCCGGACCACCCGGACCUCCUGGUCUUCCCGGCGCAAUUCCUGAUGGCGGCGGGGACCUUCAGUGCCCAGCUCUGUGCCCACCAGGUCAAGGAAUGCCAGGUUUCAAGGGACACACUGGUCACAAAGGAGAACCUGGUGAAGUAGGAAAAGAAGGAGAGAAGGGUAACCCUGGCCCCCCGGGUCCUCCAGGCAUCCCCGGCAGCGUUGGCCUGCAGGGCCCAAGAGGACUAAGAGGCCUCCCUGGUCCAAUGGGUCCGGCUGGUGACAGAGGUGACAUUGGUUUCCGAGGGCCACCUGGAAUCCCAGGACCUCCAGGGAAAGCUGGAGAGCAAGGAAACAAAGGACCUCAAGGAUUCAGGGGGCCCAAAGGAGAUACUGGUAGACCUGGACCGAAAGGAAACCCAGGGGCUCGUGGACUCAUAGGAGAACCUGGCAUGCCUGGCAAGGAUGGACGGGAUGGGGCUCCCGGACUCGAUGGUGAGAAGGGUGAUGCAGCUCGCAUGGGUGCUCCUGGAGAGAAGGGACCAAAUGGACUCCCUGGACUGCCUGGAAGAGCAGGUAUUAAAGGCUCAAAGGGUGAACCAGGCAGUCCUGGAGAGAUGGGAGAGGCAGGUCCCUCUGGAGAGCCAGGCAUCCCUGGCGAUGUUGGUAUUCCUGGUGAGAGAGGUCUGCCGGGCCCCCGAGGAGCAACUGGACCACUUGGUCUGCAGGGCCCAGUGGGAGCCCCCGGUGUCAGAGGUUUCCAGGGUCCCAAAGGUGCCAGCGGUGAACCUGGCCUUCCUGGUCCAACUGGAAUCCGUGGAGAACUAGGUGACAGGGGUCCUACUGGUGUUCCUGGUCCUAAAGGUAACCAGGGCAUUGCUGGAGCAGAUGGCCUCCCAGGGGACAAAGGAGAACUGGGUCCCUUUGGUCCCCCUGGCCAAAAAGGAGAGCCAGGAAAAAGAGGAGAACUUGGUCCAAAAGGUGCCCAAGGACCUAAUGGGACAGCUGGGGUACCGGGAAUCCCAGGGCAUCCAGGGCCCAUCGGCCGUCAGGGAGAGCAAGGAGUUCCUGGCAUCACAGGAAAACCUGGGCCUCCUGGCAAAGAGGCCAGUGAACAACAUAUAAGAGAACUCUGUGGGGAAAUGAUAAGCGAUCAAAUUGCACAGUUAGCUGCUAACCUGAGGAAGCCCUUGUCUCCUGGAAUGACGGGUCGGCCUGGCCCCGCUGGUCCCCCAGGUCCACCUGGAGCUGUGGGAAGUGUUGGGCAUCCUGGUCCUCGGGGUCCCCCAGGAUACAGAGGGCCAACGGGAGAGCUGGGUGAUCCUGGUCCCAGAGGUGACACUGGCGAGAAGGGAGACAAGGGACCUGUUGGUCAAGGUAUUGAUGGGCCUGACGGUGAUCAAGGACUUCAAGGACCACCUGGUGUACCUGGAGUCACUAAAAAUGGUCGUGAUGGUGCUCAGGGUGAACCCGGUCUUCCAGGGGAUCCUGGUACUCCUGGUGCUAUUGGGGCUCAGGGAACUCCAGGAAUAUGUGACACGUCGGCUUGCAUGGGAGCUGUCGGAGUAUCAACUUCCAAAAAAUCAUAAACAACAGUACAAGAAGUGGAGAAGUGACUGAAUAUUUAAAUAAACAGUGCAUUGUAAGAAAACAGACAGAAUCCUCCUAGUGCUAAAUGGACAGAUGUGCCUUCUAUUAUAUUGAGUGGAGACUUUGACACAGUUCUAUGAAAAAGAAAGCAUCAGAUGAAAACUUUUCACUAAAAGAUGCUUUAUGAGUAUUUUUUCCUGUCCCCCAAUUAUUUUCCAGAAUUUUUACUGCUUAACAACCUCACCUUCCCUUUCUCCCUUUGUUCAAGAGACCUGCAAGAGGAAGCAGUGUUCCUUUUUACUGUGUGCUAAAGAUCAUGACUUCUCUGUAUCAAUCUUUAAGCCUUGUCACUUGAAUCCCUUGGUGCUGCUCCCGCUGACCUUGGUUGUUGCAGGUUUGUGCACUAAGACAGGUGCUAUUAAGGUGUUCAGGCACCAAACUGCUCCUUCCAUCAGUGGAAAUCGGGCAUUUAAAUAUCCUGUAUUUCAAUAUCUGAAGAUUCUGGCCCAAGUAAAGCCCAUAGCUUAUGUCUAUGCUGUCAGCUAUCAAUUUUCAGAUUGCACCUCAACUAUUUGCCAAGACCAGUAACUAGUAAUCCUCCUGCAGUCAAAUUCUACCAAAGGUGAAAUGUAUAUAUUUUAAUUUACAGGGGAGAAUUUCUGUAUAUUUCCAUAUGAUAAUAAAAGAAAUGAAGUAACAGCAUUUUCAUGACCUCUACUUGAGCUAUUUGCACAGUAAUUGUGAAUGAAACCCCCAAUAAGAAAGGAUGCUCACCUCAAGUCCAGCCAAAAAGCCCUGUAUGAACUGUUGUAAAAAUAAAAGGAGAUUUU